UUCAGUGCUGAGCCGAGUGGAGCCGAGUCAGUAUCGGUGUGAUGGAGUGUCGUGAGGCCGUUGUUUCCUACCUGAGCUGGGCUCUGAUCCUCGGGGGCGGGGCCCUCCUGCUGCUGCAGACCCGGAGGACCACCAAGUACGGCCGCUACCUGCCGGCGCAGGCUCGCUGCUGUCCGGCCCGGCUGGGCUGGUUCCUGCAGGAGCUCCCAGCCUUCCUGCUGCCGCUGCUGCUGCUGCUCACCGGGGAGCCGAGGACCGGGGUCACCGGAGACAGCACCGGGAGGACGCUGCUGCUCUGCACCUUCAUGUUGCACUACUUCCACAGGAGUUUUAUCUACGUCUUCCUGACCAGAGGACGACCCAUCCCGCUGCGCGUUGUCCUCUUCGCCGCCGUCUUCUGCUCGCUCAACGGCUUCCUGCAGGGACACCACCUGCUGCACUGCGCCCGGUUUGAAGACACCUGGCUGACGGACGCUCGCCUGGCUGCAGGCGUUAUUCUGUUCGUGGUCGGUAUGAUCAUCAACAUCCACAGUGACCACAUCCUGCACAGCCUGAGAAGACCUGGAGAGACCGUCUACAGGAUCCCCUACGGGGGAAUGUUUGAGUUUGUGUCUGGCGCCAACUUCUUCGGGGAGAUCGUGGAGUGGUGUGGUUAUGCGUUAGCCGCCUGGUCUUUACCCACCACCGCCUUUACUUUCUUCACCGUGUGCUCCAUCGGGCCCCGAGCCUACCACCACCACAGAGACUACCAGAAGAGGUUUGAGGACUACCCUCGCUCCAGGACCGCUCUCAUCCCUCUCAUCCUGUAACCAUGACGACGGCCAAUCAUCUCCAGAUGUUUCCCUCCGCAGCUUCUGGACACUAAAACACUGCCAAGUGUAAAGAGAUGAUUAAUUCCUCAAAAAGACGUUACCUCACCCCCACAGUGGUGGAAAGUAACUAAGUAUAUUCACUCAAGUACUGAAGUAUAUACAGUAUAUAAUAAUGAAUGAUGAUGUAUUAUUAUAGCUUAAACUAUCAGCAGUAUGUAUAAAGUCAUUAAAAUGAGCUCCACCUUUACCAGUUGCAACAUUGAAGUGAUGAACACAUUAAUGCAUCAGUAAUAUAAUGUAAAUUAUUCUGCAGAAUGAGUACUUUUACUUUUGGUACUUCAAG